UCUCUCCCCGUUUCAGGAUCUAAUAUGACUGGUAAUCUUUCCAAACAAGGUAGAUCAGUUUCGCCUCCUGGCAUGAACUCCGUUGCAACCCCAAAUAAACCUUCUCCAGGAGGAACCAUGCUGGGUCCACCACUGAUUAACUUAUCCGGAAUAACUAAACCAAGUGUCCCACCAAUUCCUAUCUCAAGCACAAUUAACGUGAAACCCCCUACUGCAGUAACAUUGAAACCAAACGCAAAUACUUCUCGUGCUACUUUGAUGGGCGGAGGAGCAAAUGGAAUGGGUCCUAUUUUAGGUACUCCUGCAAUGGUCAAACUUCCAACUUACGAGCUUUCCGUUGGUGCUGGUGAAAGUAUACCUGAUAACGCAGGAAGAGUUUUAACAAAACGUAAGUUGAAUGAAUUGGUUAACACUAUUGGCGCAGAUGAAGGGGACGGUAAAACAAACAUUGAUGGUGAUGUUGAAGAACUUUUGCUUGACUUGGCCGAUGAAUUCAUAACAUCAGUGACCGGGUUUGCAUGUCGUCUUGCUAAGCAUCGUAAGAUGGAGUCAGUUGACGUGAGAGAUGUUCAAUUGCAUUUAGAAAGGAACUGGAAUAUCAGAAUCCCUGGCUAUGCUAUGGAUGAAAUUAAAUCUACAAGAAAAUGGCAACCAUCUUCUAGUUAUACGCAAAAGGUUAGUGGAGUUGACAUCUCAAAGAGUGUCAAUGGAAAUAUAAGUUAA